AUGCUUUCCCUCGUCCAGGACAAGAUUGCGUUUCUGCAGUCAGCGCUCGAUGACCCGGCGAUUCAGUGGAAGAAGCUCGUUCUUGCACUCUUAUGGCUCGUGUACGCUUUCGAGACACUCCUCUCACUUCGACAGUACCGCCUUUACAGCCUGGAAACUCCUCCUGCCACGCUUGCCAGCCAUGUCGAUUUGGACACCUUCAAGAAAUCACAGGUGUAUGGCAGAGACAAAGCACGUUUUGGCUUCUUCUCGUCUGCUGUGAGCCAGCUAAUCAGCGUCGCGCUCGUACAUUACGACAUCUAUGCUUGGAGCUGGACGCUUGCCGGCACUAUCCUCACUCACUUUGGCCAGAGCGAUAGCGAAAUUCCGCGGUCGAUCGUGUGGAUGGUGAUCAUGUUUGUGAUUCGAGAGGUGCCAGGCAUGCCACUCACCCUGUACCGCAACUUUGUCAUCGAAGAACGACACGGUUUCAACAAGAUGACCAUCCGCACCUUUGUAACAGACACACUCAAAGAGUGGAUGCUUGGAUUCGUCAUUGGCGUGCCACUCAUCUCUGCUUUGCUGUGGAUCAUCCGAUGGGCUGGAUCGGCGUUCGUAUCGUACGUCGUCGUUUUCCUCUUUAGCUUUCAGAUGAUCGCAAUGGUUCUCUAUCCAACCGUCAUCCAGCCGCUGUUCAACAAGCUCACUCCGUUGCCCCAGGGUGCUCUUCGAGAUCGUGUCGUAGCACUUGCAACGUCACUCAAAUUCCCUCUGAAGCACAUCUACGUGAUUGAUGGCAGUAAACGCUCGUCUCACUCGAAUGCCUACUUUUUCGGCGUGAUUCCCGGCGGCAACAAGCACAUUGUCAUCUUUGAUACACUCAUCGAAAAGUCGAGCGCGGACGAGAUCGAAGCGGUGCUGGCGCACGAGCUAGGCCACUACGCCAACAACGACCCUACCAAGCUUCUCGUCCUGUCGCAAGUACAGAUCUGGUUCACCAUGAGUCUCUUUACGCUGUUCAUCAACAACGUUUCGCUCUACCGGUCGUUUGGCUUCCAGGUAGGCCCUUCGCUUCUUGAAAAGGUGGCAGGAACGCGCUCGUCGCAGCUGCUCAACUAUCUUCCUGUGAUUAUUGGUUUGGAGUUGUUUCAGCUCGUGCUGAAUCCGACGGAUGCUCUGGUCAAGUUCCUCCUCAACUCGGCGAUUCGCAGGAUGGAGUAUGCUGCCGAUCGGUUCGCUGCGACGCUGACUCGACCUGGUCCUACCCGGUCUGAACUGGCUGCGGCCGCCGAAUUCAACGCUGACAGCCACAAUGCUGCAGUCAAGGUGGAUCCAAAUCAGAAACAAGAGUAUGUCGAUCUGCUUGGUAGGGCGCUUAUCAAGCUGCAUGUGCACAACCUUUCCACGAUGCAUCACGAUCCUCUCUUUUCAGCCUACCACUACUCACAUCCCACGUUGGCCGAGCGACUUGACGCUCUGCAAGCUCUACGACCCCAUCUCAAAAAGCACAAGUAG